AUAAACACGCUCGUUCGCAUGACAUUCGCCGACGCAUGGCGUAUUGAGGUUAGCUUCAUUCUGUUUCUUGUUUAUCAGUGAAAAUGUCGUUCCGUGGUAGAGGCGGCGGCGGUGGCGGUGGCGGUCGAGGCUUCGGCGGCCGAGGCGGGGGCGGGGGCGGCCGCGGAGGCCGGGGCGGCUUCGGCGGAGGCCGCGGGCGCGGCGGUGGCGGUGGAGGCUUCCGCCAGCAAGAUUUCGGCCCCCCCGAAAGCGUGACUCCCCUCGGCCACUACGGCUGGACCGUGCAGGACGACCUCGUCUGCAAGGUCGACAUCGAGGACGUGCCCUACUUCAACGCGCCGAUCUACCUCGAGAACAAGGAGCAGAUCGGCAAAAUCGACGAGAUCUUCGGCAACCUCAGGGACUACUACGUGUCGGUGAAGCUGGGGGAGAACAUAAAGGCGAAGAGUUUCAAGGACGGGCAGCAGUUCUACAUCGACCCGGCGAAGCUGCUGCCGCUGAAGAGGUUUCUUCCGCAGCCGCCUGGCGCGAAGCGUGGGGGCGGGGGUAGGGGCGGCGGCGGGAGAGGUGGCGGGGGCGGGUUCGGAGGGCGGGGAGGGGGUGGAGGGCGGGGUGGUGGCGGUGGGUUCGGCGGGCGCGGAGGAGGUCGCGGCGGUGGGUUUGGUGGUCGCGGCGGCGGCGGCGGGUUCGGAGGCGGCGGCCGGGGAGGAGGCUUCGGCCGAGGCGGCGGCGGCCGAGGAGGGGGCUUCCGGGGAGGCCGGCGGUAGUACGGCCGUGUGUGACGGUGAUAGUGUGACUAUAUUGACUGUGAGAGAGAGCCGUUGGCCCUCGCCACGGGGUCUCAAUGGAGCGUGACUAUUAUUAUGUUUAAUUUUUGUUAUCUUUAAGUUUGAUUCGAACAAAACAAAUCUUAUGAGUUGUAAAAAAUGUCUAUGAGAGAGCUAUAAACAAAAUUAGUUUUAAGACUAAGAAGUUUCCCGAUUUAGUUUACAACUUUACAUGUCAGACAAAGUAGUUUGAUUUACUUUAAUGAGGUGACCGUGUUUAACCGUGUUGUGAGUUUGUCAUUUUUUUAUUUGUAUGGUGACUUAUGGUCAUACUUUAUGUAUGUAUAAAAAUCCAGUAAUUGUUAAGUAUAUGUUGUACCUAGCUAAUUCCUUAGGUAUUUUCUUAUUAGGUUAAGUAUGCUUUGAAAAAUAUGUCUGGUACUCUGUGGCGAGGGCCAAUUUAAUGUCAUAAUUUUAAGUAAUUACUAUUAUUGUUGAGAAUAAAUUUAUUAUUCUU